AUUUUUUUCAUUCAACGUAAAACCAAAUUCUAAAUUCAGCAAAACGCAUUUAAUUCAAAGGCGCGUGGAAUAAAUGUGACUGCGCGCUAACUUCACAGCAUUCAGUCGUUUGGUCGGUAGGUGGGCAGACACUGACAAAACCAUAUACAAAAGUGUCAAUAUCAUCUGUAUGCGUUAUAUGUUAUGUACCUCAACAUAGAAAUCGACUACACGCAUAUCGUAAUCGGAAGAUUUAGCAAGCUCCGUACAUCAUAAAAUGUUGUUGUGUUUUGUUUUCAUUGUCAAAAAACAAUUGAACAGCGAAUAAUAUCACAAAAUUCAUGGUAUGUAGUUAUUGUGUUAGUUACAAUCGCAGUGUUGACGCAUUUAUCGCACAUAAUUACGUUGACUUUAAUUCAUCGCUUCCGAUAUAAAAGUGCUGUAGUCAUAGAACCGAGGCUAUUUUUACCGAUGGGCUGUUGUGUGUAUUCCUUUUUUUAAACAACAGGCGAAUGUAUUUUGUUAAUGUUGAUUUAACACACGGUUUUAUUUACAAAUAUCAAAAUAUUAGCAAAAGUCUCGCACUGCGAACACAAGACAAGAACCGAUAAAAUAAAUCAAACAUAUGCUUGGGUAAACAAAUCAAAGUCACAAAAUAGCCAAAGUGAAGAAAAGCUGAAUAGUAGUCAUCAAUUUAAAUGAAAGCGGAAAUGUGCGUCCGGACGUUUAUCUCAACGCUCAAUCACAUGUUUGUUUCAGUAAUCGGUUCAUAUCAACAGCAAUAGUCGUUGCAAUACUGAUGAAUGAACGGUUCGUUCCCUAGAACAACAAUGAGACAACAACAUUCAACGAGUUAGCGCUGGAGAAAGCCAUUUCUAAAUGGUACACACGAAAACAAUUUCAAAUUGAUGUUAUCUCAAAUCAAUCGCCCUUGAACGUAUUGUGCUUAUGGCUUCACAUUUUCCUACGCAAAUUCGAUUACGGUGGAGAUACUUGCCUGUCUGCGUCUGCGACAAUAAUUGAAUUAUAUUUUAAUGAAAGAAAACCACACAGUCGUUCGUUGACAAUCAAUCAUAUAUGUGCCGUCUAUUGUUCAUGACUCAAUUAGAUUUAAUGAAGUCAAUAGCACACAUGUACAUGCAAAUGGAACGGAAUGGCAUUGCAUCUAUAGUUUCUCAAAACAUGGAAAUGAAGUAAGAAACUGUCUUUUGUCUCUCAUAAGAAAAUACACAUCGCCGACAUCCACACACAAUUUCGAUAGGCAGCCAGAAGAGCGAAACGUCAAACAAAAUAGAGAAGAAUGAAAUGAACAAGUAACAAGCGGAGAGAGAAAAAUAAAGAACAGUAAUUUGAAAUACGCGAAAUGUACGGAGCAAUAAUACCCAACCGUUGUUGAUAGUCUCGCUGCUGGUGUAGUGCUUGUUGCUGACGAAUUCAUUGCGCUAGAUGAAUUUACCGCAAACGUGCUACUGAAACGUAGUUGUCCGUCAUUCGUUCACACUGUUUACAAUUUAUGGACAAUUUGGUGUCGAAGUAGACAUAUUAAAAAUCCAAGUGUUUCCAGCGGCAUACAAAAAAUAUUCAAUUACAAACGAUUUGUGUUCCAGUUUGUUUUAUUUUCACACAUUUCAAAAUAUAGUUCGUGCAAAUAAAUUGUAUUGAGCAUGGUGUGCCGCUUCGAUAGAACCGCUCAGUUUUAAUUCCAAGUGCGACGAAAAAAGAUGUAGAAAAUUAUAAACUAGAGUUGGUUAGAAAUGCAGCGAACAUUCGAUAGAGUUUGUGACUAAGCUAAUAAGAUAGAAUUUAAUCUGUGAAACCAUUUGUGCGCGGAAUUCAAACGAAUUCAUAUAUCAAUCAAUUCGACCGUCUUCCAACAGUGGUGCCAUUUCAUUUCAUUCACUCAAUCGUUUCUAGGAAAUAAUGCAUGUGCUCGACCGGCAAUGGAAAUGCGUGAACUUGAUAUGAGCGAUUCUGAAACCGAGUUUUUGUUAAAUCCAGAACGAGACUAUCGAAACACCAAUAACAGCCAUGGCAAUGUCGCGUCCAUUGCUUUACACCAAUCCCAUCGUAACCGGCGUAAACGUGUUCGAAAAUUGGGCACAAUAUUACGCUUUGUUUGCGGCUGUUGGUGGUGGAUAUGGAGGAAGUUUUGUUCACCGCGCGAAUUGCGCUCACGUACCAUACACAUAGGAAGGCCAUGCGAAGAAAAAUACCCACCAAAUGAAAUCCGAAAUCAGAAAUACAAUAUUAUCACGUUUCUGCCAUUGGUGCUGUUUCAACAGUUUCGAUUCUUUUUGAAUUUGUACUUUUUAAUUAUGGCAAUCAGUCAAUUUUUGCCUGACGUUCGAAUAGGAUAUUUGUACACGUAUUGGGGCCCACUUGGUUUUGUGCUAACGGUUACGAUAUGUCGUGAAGCAGUCGAUGAUAUUAGACGCCAUCAACGAGAUCGCGAGGUAAACUCACAAAAAUAUCGAAAAUGUGUCGGUCCUGACCAACCAUUACAAAUGGUUUCGUCGUCAAAACUAAAGGUCGGUGACAUUAUUAUCGUGGAGAAGGAUGAGCGCGUUCCAGCUGAUUUGGUGCUUUUGCGAACAACGGAAAAAGCUGGCACUGUCUUUGUGCGAACGGAUCAACUGGAUGGUGAAACUGACUGGAAGCUUCGAUUGGCUGUCCCAUCGACACAAAGACUGCAAAGUGAUUCGGAAUUGUUCAAUAUCCGAAGUAGCAUUUAUGUUGAAAAACCACAACGCGACAUUCAUUCGUUCAUCGGCACAUUUACAAAGGAAGGGGGCACCGAAGAAGACAGCUUAGAUUUGGAAAAUACACUUUGGGCAAAUACAGUCGUAGCAGCUGGUCGAGCGACAGGAGUGAUAAUUUAUACUGGAUGUGAAACUCGAAGUGUGAUGAACAAUUCCAGUCCGCGCUCAAAAGUUGGUCUUAUCGAUAUGGAAAUUAAUAACCUUACCAAAUUACUGUUUUGUGCUGUGAUCGGUUUGGCACUGGUGAUGAUGGGUCUGAAGGGUUUCAAUGGCCCCUGGUAUAGGUAUAUGUUCAGAUUUGUUCUUCUUUUUUCCUACAUUAUUCCUAUCUCUUUGCGUGUAAAUUUGGACAUGGGCAAGUCGUAUUAUUCGUACAAAAUUCAAAAAGACAAAGAAAUUCAAGGCACUGUCGUUCGAUCGACCACCAUACCAGAAGAAUUAGGUCGAAUUUCAUAUUUGCUAACCGAUAAAACGGGCACGCUCACGCAAAAUGAAAUGGUAUUCAAGAAAAUCCAUUUGGGCAAUAUUUCUUAUGGGCAUGAGUCAUUCGAUGAUGUUGCAGCAAUUAUAAAAUCUCUAAAUAUAAGCGAAAAAUCUCAAUUGGAAUCGGUAUUCGCUACACCAAGAACUCGACGGUCAGAUGGCUGGCGUAUUUGGGAGGCCGUUAAAGCGAUUGCCGUAUGUCACAAUGUUACACCAAUCAAUGAAACCAACAAAAACGGAAACGGAAACGGAAACUGUGACCGUAAUUCACCAACACGUUCAGUUAGUAUUGAAUCGUCUCGAGAUGAUGUAAACUAUCAAGCAGCCAGCCCGGAUGAAAUUGCUUUGGUUAAAUGGAGUGAACAUGUUGGCCUUACACUUGUGGCUCGUGACUUAGACACGAUGACACUUCAAAUGCACAACGUUACCAUUGACAAUGGCAGCACUUUAUUCUCGAGACAAGAGAAUACGACUGAUGUCGGUUCAGUUUGCACCGCUGUCACGAUGCUAACAAAUGCCGAAUCAAAAGAUGUUUUGAACUCGACGUCAAGCAGUUACGACAGCACAUCAACAUUGGAUUCAAUUGCAAAUGCCAACUUGUUGCGAUAUCAAAUCUUGCAAAUGUUCCCAUUCACAAGCGAAAGUAAACGAAUGGGAAUCAUUGUGAAAGAUGUAAACACCGGGGAAAUAACGUUUUAUUUAAAAGGUGCCGAUAUUGUGAUGUCGUCCAUUGUCGAGUCGAACGAUUGGUGCCAUCGCGAAUGCACUAACAUGGCCAAAGAGGGCCUUCGAACAUUGGUUGUAGCGAAAAAAGUGCUUACAACAGAAGAAUACGAGACAUUCGAACAGGAUUACACAACAGCCCGCUUAUGUGUCACUGAUCGUGGAGCUAGAGUACAAGCAGCGGUUGAAAGUCUUGAAUGUAACAUGGAAUUGUUGUGUUUAACUGGGGUUGAAGAUUGCUUACAAAAUUUCGUACCACAAACGCUUGAGCUACUCCGAAAAGCGGGCGUUAAAAUUUGGAUGCUAACCGGUGAUAAGCUUGAAACGGCUACAUGCAUUGCCAAGAGCUCACAUUUGGUCGAGAGUAAUCAAGAAAUUCAUGUGAUAAAAAGCGUUACGUCUAGAACUGAUGCCCAUAUCGAACUGAAAGAAUUUCGACGCAAACGGAAUUGUGCGCUCGUUGUAUCUGGCGAAUGUUUAGACGUGUGUUUGCAUUACUACCAAAGUGAAUUCAUGGAGUUAACUACAGCAUGCCCGGCGGUUGUCUGUUGCCGCUGCAAUCCAACUCAAAAGGCGCAAGUGGUUUCACUGAUCCAAGAACAUACUGGCAAACGUACUUGCGCCAUCGGCGAUGGAGGCAACGAUGUCAGUAUGAUUCAACAGGCUGAUGCAGGUAUUGGCAUAGAGGGUCGAGAGGGAAGACAAGCUUCAUUGGCCGGAGAUUUUAGUAUAACUCAAUUUUCACACAUUGCCAAGCUGCUGCUUGUGCACGGAAGACGAUCUUACAAGAGGUCGGCAGCAUUGUCACAAUUUGUUAUUCAUAGAGGUUUAAUUAUUUCAACGAUGCAAGCUGUUUUUUCGGCAGUUUUCUACGUUUCAUCAAUCGCACUGUAUCAAGGUUUUCUAAUGGUCGGCUAUGCCACAAUCUAUACAAUGUUCCCUGUGUUCUCGCUCGUACUUGACCAAGAUAUCAGCUCACAAAUGGCAUUAACGUAUCCUGAAUUAUACAAGGAGCUGUCAAAAGGACGCAGUUUGUCUUAUAAAACAUUCUUUAUUUGGGUCCUCAUUAGUAUUUACCAAGGUGGGGUAAUCAUGUACGGGGCUUUGAUUCUGUUCGAAAGUGAAUUUAUUCAUAUAGUAUCAAUUAGCUUUUCGGCUUUGAUCCUAACUGAACUUAUUAUGGUUGCUUUGACCAUUCGCACGUGGCAUAGGUUGAUGGUGAUUGCUGAAAUAUUUAGUCUACUGCUUUAUGUGCUCUCACUGGCUAUUUUGCAUGAUUAUUUUGAUUGGGAUUUUAUUUGGUCAUUUGAAUUCCUGUGGAAAGUUCUUGCAAUCACCUUAGUCUCCUGUUUGCCUUUAUAUAUUAUCAAAUUUUUGCGAAAGAAAUUUUCACCGCCAGCUUAUUCAAAAUUGUCCUAAGAGUAUCAAUCCAUCAAUUGAGAUCUAACCGCCAAAUCAUCUAAAACAAUCAGUACAAGAAAUUAGAUUGAUAAAAAUGGUAAAAGACUUUUAGAAAAAAUACAUUCACAUCGAAAUUGUUCUAAUUUUCUGUAUGUAAAUCACGUUGUAAAAUCACUGUAAUUAACAAACACACUGAAAAUAUUUAUUCGACAGAAAUGAAAGUCACCGACAAAAAAAAAGCAAACAAGCCAAUUAAUUGAAUCAAAUGAAAUGUUCUAUUUUGAAAACAGACUCAAUUCAUUCUAAGGCUUAGAUGUAAGAAUCAAAAAGAGGAUCUUCCUUGAAAAAUUGAACAGAUCAAUCGAAAUGAAACGCAUACAAAAAAUCUUCUAGUAUCAAUUAAAAAAAAAAUUAUCAAUAUGUUGGGAAGUAAAAACAGAUGUAAACCUCUUUAUCAGUGCCCGGUAAAAGUCAAACCAAUGCGCUGAAAUGUGAUUUUGAAAAAUUGUAUAAUUAUUUAUGUUCUGUUAACAAAAUUACGAAUUUUAUUAUUGUUUCUAUUUUGAAAAAGGGGAGGAAAAAACAAUGGUGAAAGUUUCAUGGUUCACCUAGAAGAAUAUAUUUAUUUAUUCAAUUUUAAUUUGUAAAAAUAUUUUCAAACGACACAAAUAUAGUUAAUUAGAGACAUCAACUAAAUUGAGUCUAAACCAAAUUUAAGGUUUAAUUUUGCUCGAAUCCAAUGCUGCUCAUUACGUGAUUUUUUAAAUGUUUACUGUAUAGUUUUCUUGAUUCCAUGGAAUGUCAUCGAAAUUUGGCAUAUAUUUCGAUUUUUAGUUCUCUAAAGGCAUAGAACUUUGUGUGGAAAGUUCAACAUGAUAAAAUCAUAUGUGCAUUUCAGAACAAAUUUUUUUGAUGAAUUUGUACGCUUUUUGUAUAAAUGUAAAAACGCAAACUAUCUCAUUUCUCAACUUUAUGAUGUAUUUAAAUGUAAAUAUUAAUAGAUGUUUUCAAUUGAAUAAACAAACGAUUCAAAACUA